AUGGGUGGCCACCGGCGAGACCAAAGCGACAGCAAUGUUCCUCUUCGUCCGGUAUCAGAAUCGGGAGCCGAAACUAAUGAAUCCAUGCAGAUGACGCCUAACCCAUCUUUGAAUUCGGUGGUGUCGACUCGCGGUAUGGGAAUUUGCAAUGGUGUUUCGAUUAAUAUCGAUCCGAUCGACCCGGAACCAUCAUCGAUGCGUUUGGAAAAAGCAAUCGAACAUCAAGGCAUGUUCAGCAAUAGCGAGAGUUCUGAAGGGCUGAAGACGUUCACCGCAUUUCUGUGUUUGAUGCUCUCAGCAUUUCUCAAUUUCUUCCUUCUGACGGUUAUCCAUGAUGUCGUUCCGAGAGAGCCGCUUCCUGAUCUCACUUUCAUGAUUAUUCCGCAACAGCGAUGGGCUUGGAGUGUUGGAGACGUUCUUUCGACAUUGAGCUCGGUCAUAGCGUUCACCAUCAUUUUCCUUCAUCAUAAGCGUUGGGUCGUUUUGCGACGCACAUUUUUGUUGGGAGCAAUUAUGUACGGAUUACGUGCCGUAAUACUCGGCGUCACAUUUUUGCCGCCGUCGUUUCACAACCGUGACGAGAUUUGUCAGCCGCAGGUGAAUCGCACCGCCAUGUAUGGCAUGGAAAUCGCAACCAGGUUUUUGACAUACGUCAUUACAUUGGGAUUGACCUCUGGCCAGGAGAAGAUCCUCUGCGGUGAUUUGAUGUUCAGCGGGCACACGGUGGUCCUCACAAUCAUGUACUUCGUACAACUGCAAUACACACCAAGAGGGCUUGUUCUAUUGAGAUACAUUGCGGCGCCGAUCACAUUUCUCGGAAUUAGUGCACUUGUCGUAUCCGGCGGUCAUUAUACAAUGGAUGUGUUGAUUGCCUACUGGUUAACGAGCCACGUCUUCUGGUCGUAUCAUCAAGUUUUCGAGAUGAAAAAAGAGGAGAGGACUAAUGCGCCAUUGAGCCGCCUUUGGUGGUUCUGGUUGUGCUAUUGGUUUGAAGCGGAUGUUAGAGAUGGCAAAUUGACAAAUGAAUGGAAUUGGCCAUUUGAGGGACCUGAAAAGAUGCAUCACAUCAUGGAUGAAAUUAACCGAAGGCUUCAAUAG